AUGUUCAUCGUACUCGAACAUUCGCCCUACCCGAACGUGAAGGAGCUUGCUGGCAAGAAACUGAUAGAACGAUGUCGCUCUAAAGCGACUAUGUUUUGUCGACUACUUGCAAGAGCUACUCUUGAACAGAAGCAGUUUCUACGAUGGCUUGAAGCGGAGCAUUUCGAUCUCGCUUUCACUCAUAUGUUUGACGUGUGCACCAUUGGUCUCGUGCAUAACGCCAAAAUUCCCAGCUGGAUCUGGCUCAACAGAACUUCAAACAAAGCAAUCUACGGUUAUCAUAGAUGCGUAACAAUGUUCAUGGAAAAGGCUGGUGAGAUGAAUUUCAUCGAAAGAACGAAGAGCUUCAUUGGUCACGGGCUUAUGAAACUGCUGUGGAGAAGAAUGGUGGCUGAUCCUGAAACGGAAGUUUUUCGCCGACUGAUCAGUCCCGAUUUUCCAGAUCUGCUAGAUUUAGCCGCCAAAUGCCCAGUUGUCAUGGCAAACACCAACGAUCUCUAUGAGAUUCCUCGUCCGACGCUUGCCAAAGUGGUGAACAUCGGUGGUCUGGGCAUGGAAUCCCGGGAUGUGAAGCCGCUUCCUAAGGUUUCGGGCGAGUUUUUCUUCACGCUUUUACAUAAACUUCACUUUAGAAGUGUUAUUCAGAACAUCGAAGAAAUUAUGGGAAGAGGAGAUGGAGCAAUAGUGUUGUCGUUUGGUUCAGUUGCCGUUGCUUAUAGGAUGCCUAUGGAAUGGAAGAUGGUCUUUUUGGAAACGUUCAAACGGUUCCCUAACUAUCAGUUCUUGGUGAGAUAUGAGAGCGACGACAUCAGAGGAAAUCUCUCCUCGAAUGUGCAUUUAUUCAAAUGGUUUCCUCAAACUGAUAUUCUCAAUCAUCCUAGAACUAAGGCUCUCAUUACCCAUGGAGGAUACAAUAGUUUUCAACCGAAGAAUGCACGCCUGGCCGAACACCAUGGUUUCGGACUUGUUCUGCACAAGGCUGAGCUGACAGUUUCCGCUCUAUCAGCUGCGAUUCAGGAAGUCCUUACAAAUCCGGAAGUACAAAAAACGAGCCGAACGGCUGUCACAAAUGACCAAGCGUCAACCGGUUAG